AUGAGGGACACGCCUGGCUCUGGGUACCGGCGGAGCCUCCUGCAUCUCACCUGGAUGUGCCUGUUCUGCUCUGUGCCGCGUGGCGGGGCCAAGGUGCUGGAGAAGACCUUCGAGGAGUGGUUGCGGUACCGUGACGAGUGCCUGAGGAGGAUGGCGAGCGAGCCCUACCCCGCAGGGCUCUUCUGCAACAGGACAUUUGACAUGUAUGCCUGCUGGCCCGACGGCAGCCCCGGCACCACUGUCAACGUCUCCUGCCCCUUCUACCUGCCCUGGUUUGAGAAAGUGAAACACGGGCUGGUGAGCCGGCGGUGUGGUGCUGAUGGGCAGUGGGUGACGGUGAACGGCAGCCAGGCCUGGAGGGACUACUCACAGUGUGAGGAGGAGAUGGAGACCACAGCUGAGGAGGAAGGUGCCCGCCGGCUGAUGGUGAGCUUCAAGGUGCUCUACACCGUGGGGUACUCGCUCUCACUCCUCACCCUCGUCUCAGCCCUGCUUAUCCUCACCCUCUUCAGGAAGCUCCGCUGCACCAGGAAUUACAUCCACGCCAACCUCUUCGCCUCCUUCGGGCUGCGGGCGACCUCGGUGAUGGUGAAGGACGUGCUGCUGGAGAGGCGCUGGGGCAGGGAGGUGGCACAAGUGGCCGACUGGGAGACCCUGCUGAGCCACCAGGCAGCACUGGGCUGCCGAGCUGCCCAGGUCCUGAUGCAGUACUGCAUCCUGGCCAACCACUACUGGUUCCUGGUGGAAGCUGUCUACCUCUACAAGCUGCUCAUCGGGGCCGUCUUCUCCGAGAAGAAUUACUACCGGCUCUACCUCUACCUGGGAUGGGGGACCCCCGUGGUGUUCGUGGUGCCCUGGAUGGCUGCCAAGUACCUGAAGGAGAACGCAGAGUGCUGGGCACUGAAUGAGAACAUGGCUUACUGGUGGAUCAUCCGCAUCCCCAUCCUCCUCGCCUCCCUGAUCAACCUCCUGAUCUUCAUGAGGAUCCUCAAGGUGAUCCUGGCCAAGCUCCGGGCCAACCAGAAGGGAUAUGCAGACUACAAGCUGCGGCUGGCCAAAGCCACUCUCACCCUCAUCCCCCUCUUUGGGAUCCACGAGGUUGUUUUCAUCUUUGCCACUGACGAGCAAACCUCGGGCAUCCUGCGCUACAUCAAGGUGUUCUUCACCCUCUUCCUCAACUCCUUCCAGGGCUUCCUGGUGGCCGUGCUCUACUGCUUUGCCAACAAGGAGGUGAAGUCAGAGAUGAAGAAGAAGUGGCAGCUCUGGAAGCUCGACCACCCAGCACUGUGCUGCACCCAGUGA